AUGGGGAAGCUAAUUCGCUUGGAGCUGUACAAUUUCAAGUCCUACAAGGGCCACCAUGUGCUGCUUUUUGGUGAUGCCUAUUUCACAUCGAUUGUCGGACCCAACGGGUCUGGAAAAUCCAACUCGAUGGAUGCGAUUUCAUUCGUGCUAGGAAUCAAAUCAUCGCACCUACGAUCAACGAACUUGCGCGAUCUUAUUUAUCGAGGCCGUGUCCUGCGCACAUCUAAAGUCGAUGCCGAUGGAAACGCCGUGGAUGGAGAGACCAACGGGGUUGAACCGACUCAGGACGAAAAUGACGUGGAACAAUCCCAGGACCCUAGCGGAACACACGAUCCGAGGACGGCCUGGGUUAUGGCCGUCUACGAAGAUGAUGCGGGAGAGGAACAACAAUGGCGACGAUCCAUUACUAGCCAGGGAGUGAGCGAGUACCGAAUCAACAACCGUGUGGUGACCGCGCAGCAGUAUAACGAGGCUCUGGAGGCGGAGAACAUCCUCAUCAGAGCCCGCAACUUCUUAGUGUUCCAGGGUGAUGUGGAAGCUAUUGCCUCGCAGUCCCCGAAGGAUCUUACGCGCCUGAUCGAGCAGAUUUCUGGAAGUCUGGAGUACAAGGCGGAGUAUGAGCGGCUCAAGGCGGAGGCCGAGGAAUCCGCCGAACAACAGACGGUCCAACUUAAUCGCCGCCGUGCCAUCAAUUCAGAGCUCAAACAGUAUCAGGAGCAGAAGCGGGAAGCCGAGAAUUACGCGAGAAAGGCAGAGGAACGCGACCAGGCCGUCAUUACCCAUAUCCUGUGGAAGCUUUUCCAUUUUCAGCGCAUGAUUGACGAUUCGAGCGCCGAGAUUCAAAAGUAUCAGGACGAGUUGAAAGAAUACCGCCGAGGCGUGGAGAAGUAUGAGCGAAAUGUCGAAGAGGCAAAGAAGUCUCACGCCAGAGUCGGCCGCGACGUGGCUACGGCCGAAAAGAACAUCGUGAAAAAGGAGAAGGAGAUUGAAGAGUCAACCAAUGCCCUUGUUCCGAUUGAUGAGAAGGUCGACAUUACGAAGAAGAAGGCAGAGAGAUUCAAUUCCCGCAUCGCUGAAAUCGGCAAAGAACGCGAAACACAACAAGCUAGCUUUAAGCAACUGCAAAAGGACCUCAAGGUGGUUGAGAAAGCUCAGGCUCAAUGGGAGGCUGAUUGGCAAAAGACCCUGAGCAAACAGGGUGGUCAGCUCAGCCAAGCUGAUCAGCAAGAAUACAAUAAGCUUAAGGAAGAAGUUAAUAAACGGUCCUCUGCUGAACAACUCAAACUUGACAAUCUCAAGCGCCAGAAAAAGACCGACGUGGAAGCAUACAACAGCCUGAAGAGCAAAUUCGAGAGUACGCAAUGGCAACUUCAGGCGUUGGAGACCGAUACGAAAUCCUUGGGCGAACGCAAGGCGACUGCUAAUGAGACCGUCAAAACAACUUCGAAAGAUAUUGAGAAAAAGAAGAAGGAGCUCAACGCCAUCACAUCAGAGCGGCUACGGGUAUCGCAGAUGCGAACGGAGUAUGAAGAGAAGCUUCAAGUUGUUCUGAAGAAACUUCUUGAAGCAGACGAUGGCAAGAAGCAGACGGAACGCGAAUUCCGAGCGAAGGAGUUGAUCUCGACCCUGAAGCGCAUCUUUCCCGGUGUUAAAGGCCGUGUUAGCGACCUGUGCAAGCCCAAGCAGAAGAAAUACGCUGACGCCGUGAGCACUGUUUUGGGCCGUCAUUUCGAUGCCAUCGUUGUAGACAACGAGAAGACUGCCAAAGAGUGUAUCCAGCAUCUUCGUGACCAGAGAGCGGGCCAGGCUACCUUCAUUCCCUUGGAGACCAUUCAAGUCAAAGCUCCGAAUUCCAACUUGAAGGGCCUGCACCGUGCCAUGCGCCCCGCAAUCGAGACAGUUGACUACGAUGAUUCCGUGGCGAGAGCUAUUAUUUACGCUUGCGGUAACGCUAUCGUGUGCGACGACCUCGCGACCGCCAAGUACCUAUGCUACGAGAGACACGUGGACGCAAAGGCCGUCACACUGGAUGGGACCGUGAUCCACAAGGGAGGUUUGAUGACCGGUGGCCGCGGCCCUCAGCAAAAUUCCAAGCGGUGGGAAGACUCGGAGGUGGAAAACCUCUUCAAGCUGAAAGACAAGAUCAUGGCAGAUCUAACCAACCUACCCAAGGGUCACCGUAGGGGAACUGAAGAGGAGACAUUACAGGGUGAAUUGGUUGGUUUAGAGCAACGACUUGCCUAUGCCCGUGAUGAACUCAAAGCCCUUGAACGCAACCUGAAGGACAAGCGUACCGAGCUAGAUUUCGUCAAGCGGCAGCUUGAGGACCUUCGACCCAAGUACACGGAGAAGAAGGAGUCACUGGAUGAGCUUGACGAGGCCAUUGCCACUUCCCAAGAUUCUGUUAGCAGUGUCGAGGAUGAGAUCUACCAGAAAUUCUGCAAACGUCUUGGGUACAGCGAUAUUCGCGAGUAUGAAGUGCAACAAGGUUCGCUGCAUGAAGAGGCUGCGCAGAAGAAACUCGAGUUCACAACGCAGAAGAGUAGAAUUGAGAAUCAACUCAGCUUCGAGCAACAACGGCUGCAAGCUACCACUGAUCGCAUUAACAGUUUGCAGACCCAACACAAGCGGGAUGCAGAUCUGAUCGAGGAGCUCGAGGCCGAACAGGAGGAGGUGCGCAACAAGCUCGACGAGCUUCAUGCUGAACUCGAGCUUCUCCGCGAGAAACUCGAGGAGGAGAAAGAGAGGUACGGUGGUUCUGCUGAGAACCUUGCUCAGCAUCGGAGAGAGCUCCAGAAGCGCAGCAGAGACGUGGAAUCUACCCUGAAAUAUAUUAAUGGUUUCGAGACAGAGAUCCAGCGUAACUCAUCCAGCCGAUAUGCUCUUCUCCGACGUUGCAAGCUCGAGGACAUUGAUGUUCCAUUGACUGAGGACUCGAACCCGCUUGACCAGCUUCCUAUCGACGAGCUUGUCCAAGGAGCCGACCCAGACGCGAUGGACAUUGAUGAAGACACACAGGCAAAUGGCGACUUCACUGUGCAGGACUACGGCAUUGAGGUGGAAUUUGACUCUCUCGGCGACACUCUUAAGGAGGAUUCCGACGAGAAACUUGAAGAAGAACUGCUUGACAAAGUCCGAAGUCUCAAUGGCGAUCUCGACAAGAUGACGCCGAAUGCACGUGCGAUAGAGCGUCUCGAGAGCGUAGAAAACAAACUUCGAGGCACAGAAAAGGACUUUGAACAAGCGCGGAAACACGCCAGGAAAUCCAAGGACGAUUUCGAAGAGGUGAUGCGCCGACGCUCGGAGCUCUUCAACAAAGCCUUUUCCCACAUUUCCGAGCAGAUCGGGCCCAUCUAUAGGGAGUUGACUCGUAGCCAAAAUUACCCCUUGGGAGGACAAGCUUAUUUGGAUAUCGAGGACUCCGACGAGCCGUACCUAGACGGCAUCAAAUACCAUGCUAUGCCGCCGCUGAAGCGCUUCCGAGACAUGGAGCACCUCUCGGGUGGCGAAAAGACCAUGGCCGCAUUGGCUCUUCUGUUUGCCAUCCACUCGUACCAGCCCUCGCCUUUCUUCGUCCUGGAUGAAAUUGAUGCCGCGCUCGACAAUACCAAUGUCGCUCGUAUCGCGAACUACAUCCACGACCAUGCGGCACCUGGAAUGCAGUUCAUUGUGAUCAGUUUGAAGAACGGAUUGUUCCAGAACAGCGAGGCCCUGGUCGGAGUUUACAGGGACCAGUCAGAGAACAGCAGUAAAUCACUGACGCUUGAUCUACGCAAGUACAUCUAG